AUGGCAGCAAAAUCCCCAGUCAUGCUUCUUCUCGGUUUCGGCCCUAACGUUGGGCACCAUGUGUCUGAGGCCUUUGCUGCAAAAGGCUACAUUGUCGCCCGCGCAUCUAGGAAGAUAAAGGAGGAAGAAAGUACUGCCACCCAGAUCAAUAUCCCCAUCGACUUGUCCGAUCCAGAGUCUGUGAUUGGAGUAUUUUCAAAGCUCAAAGAUACACAUGGUAUUCCAAGCGUCGUUGUUUAUAAUGCUGGUGCAGGCAUUCCACCAAACGAUGAGAAGGAUCCCCUCUCCAUUCCCUUGGCGAACUUCACUCGAGAUCUAAACAUCAACACAACCAGCGCUUUUGUCGCAGCACAACAAGCCGCCUUGGGCUUCGCACAACUCUCUCCCACAGCGUCUAAGACAUUCAUUUUUACCGGAAAUAUAUUAAACACCACGACUAUUGCAUCGCUAUUGAAUUCGGGGGUUGGAAAAUCAGCGACAGCGCACAUCAUCCAGUCUGCAGCCAUAGCGUACAAAGAUCGAGGAUACAAAUUCUAUUAUGCUGAUGAACGAAAUGCCGAUGGCUCGCCUGCCUUCCACAAAAUUGACGGAGCAGCUCAUGGGGAGUUGUAUACGCAUCUUGCGGAGGGGAAGUCGCAGGGCCCUUGGCAGCAGACUUUUGUUAAAGGGGCAUGCGAUACAUGCAAAAAGAAGAAGAUACGUUGUGAUAUAUCCCGAGAUAGUUGUACCCAAUGUAUAAAGUCCAAUAUCACCUGCACCUUCAGCCCAAUCAAGGCGAAGAAGGGCCCGAGGAGACCACCAGGAUACAAGCAUGUGGAAAAGCUUGAGGAGAGACUGAAGAGGAUGGAAGCUAUGUUGCAGAGCGAAUUGAGGAGUCGGCCCGCUGCAAGCGACGUGGAAGGAGAACAGUCCGACGCGGAUCUACCCAGUGACUAUAUUGGAACUCGCCCAAGCAGAGCAUCACCAGAAUCGCAGCGCAUACGGAAGCGUAAACGGAGGACCUCCAUUGGGAGCCUUUCUGGCUUGGCCUCGAGCGCUGAGCAGCAUAUUUCAGUCUCGCCUCACGAACCACACUUACCCUCGGCCGCCGUCUUAAAUCACAGACCUUUAGAUUGGUCACUCACAGGAGCCUCUCCAGUUACCCUCAGCCGAGAAAUCAAGCCACUCCCAGGACGGGAUGAAGCCCAACUCCUAAUUCAAGAAACCUUCUCAUGCUUCAACUCGGCGUUUCCUAUCUUCGACGCUGCAACUUUCCAGAAAGCCUUCGAGUCGAGCUAUGAAAAUAACAAUCACGAUACCCCGGCCUGGCGGGCAUGCCUAAACGUAGCUUUCGCCCUCGCGCAUCGCUUCCGCGCUAUGAAGACUGGGAACAGCAAAACAGAAGACGUUCACGCCUGUGGCUAUCUUCAAAACGCUUUGGCUUUAGUAGGAGAACUCUCAAUGCUCACAAACGAGCUCAUGGCUGUGCAAGCACUGCUUGGCAUGGCUAUCCUGCUGCAAGGAACGCCGAAUCCAGAGCCAGGCUCGAUUCUGAUAUCGAUAGCAGUAAAACUUGCACAGGGCAUGAAGCUCCAUCGGCGGGGCCACCAACUUGGGAUCGCCGCUGCUGAGAUGGAACAGAGAAAGCGUGUCUUCUGGCUUGUGUAUAUCUAUGAUAAGGAUAUCAGCAUACGUACACAUAAUCCUCCAGCUCAAGAUGACGACGAUAUGGAUGUCGACCUACCUAUCGAGACCAUCGAUUUACACCACGACCGUCUUAACGAGGUCAAUUUCUAUAAUAAUCAUAUUGGAAUGUCUAUCAUUCAAGGUCAAAUCUACAAGCAACUCUUAUCGACACGAGCCCAGAAAUCCCCGGAGAUCGACCGACUGCGCACCGCGAAAGAAUUGAUCACUACGCUAGAAGCCUGGAAGCAAAGUAUUCCAAGCAUGCUUCCCAUCGAAAAAUUCAAUACUACACAUGAAGCGCCUAGCUUUUUCAUCUUGCUACAUAGCGUUAUUUUGAAGUUCACCUAUUUUCACGCGUUGGAUACUGUGCGUCGCCUAGCUCACACAGCCGAUCUCGAUGCGUUGUGUCUUGUAGAGGCGCGAGAGUCGAUGCAGCUUCUCCAGCUACUACCGCAGGGUGACUUUGCUCACGUUUGGCUCCUUCUAGAUAUCAUCAUAUCAGCUUGUACUCUCAUGCUGACACAUGUUAUUUCUGGUCCAACAACUACACAACAUGAGCUAAAAGAUUUAGAGCUGGUGGAACCUGUGUUCACCUUGCUAAAUUUCCUCAACGAUACCUCGAGGGCUCAAGAUGUGGCGAAGAUGGCAGAGUCCCUCAGAGCUUUAAAGAAAGAAGCAGAGGUGGCUAAAAACGCUGCAGAGAAGCAUAUUCGUGUUGAUGAGGCGCCAAGAAUAGGAAGUAAGAGCAUACGAUCAUUGGAAGAAUUUAUUGGGAGAAUUCAGGAGCUGAGCUCAAAGAGAUGUGCGGAAUUUCGAGCAACAGGACUUCGCGUAUAUAAUAACAGUGGCCUUGAAUCUCUGGUGCAGAAGCCGUUGAAUGGUCGCCAGAUUAAAGAUCUCACCUCCACAGCCCAUGCCUUAGCUCUUCAGGAGGGAGCUCAGGUGACUCUGUCUCAUCUGGAAUUUGCAAUUGAAGCAGGCGAGGACUUCGAACGUGAUGUCAACGGCGCAGGGUCAACAGAAGCUUUGAAUGGUUAUUUCUAG